AUGACCUUACGAAGCUUAAUCCUGGAGAUGCGCUCGAGGUCACAUCGUGUGGUCCACGACCUUGCCGCCGCCGCCGCCGUCAAUUCCACUUCCGGGUCAUCGGAAGAUUAUCGCUGGUCGGAGAUCCCUGAAGAGCUUUUAAGAGAGAUUCUAAUUCGGGUCGAAGCGGCGGACGGUGGCGGAUGGCCGUCGCGACGCACCGUGGUGGCUUGCGCCGGCGUCUGCCGUGGCUGGCGACUACUCAUGAACGAAACCGUCGCUGUCCCUGAGAUCUCUUCUAAAUUGACUUUCCCCAUCUCUCUCAAGCAGCCUGGUCCAAGGGAUUCUAUGGUUCAAUGCUUCAUCAAACGUAAUCGAACAACGCAAUCGUAUCAUCUGUAUCUCGGGUUAACCAACUCUUUAACGGAUGAUGGGAAGUUUCUGCUUGCUGCGUGUAAGUUAAAGCACACGACUUGCACUGAUUACAUUAUCUCUUUGCGUGCUGAUGAUAUGUCGAGGAGAAGCCAAGCAUAUGUUGGCAAAGUGAGAUCAAACUUCCUAGGGACAAAAUUCACCGUCUUUGACGGAAAUCUGCUUCCAUCUACAGGAGCUGCGAAGAUGAGAAAGAAUCGAUCUUCUAAUCUCUCAAAAGUUUCACUGAAAGUUCCUCUUGGAAGUUACCCCGUCGCUCAUAUCACAUACGAGCUGAACGUCUUAGGAUCCCGGGGACCAAGAAAGAUGCAAUGUGUAAUGGAUACAGUACCUAGAAGCGUCGUGGAGCCUCCAGGAGUAGCUUCAGAACUAUCAGAGCUUCCAUUCAUUGGUACUCGGUCAACCUUUUCCAGGUCCCAAUCAAAACCAUUACGCAGCGGCUUGAGCCACCUGAAAGAGGCACCCUUGGUGCUGAGCAACAAAACACCGCGAUGGCAUGAGCAACUACGUUGCUGGUGCUUGAAUUUCCAUGGCCGUGUCACAGUGGCUUCAGUGAAAAACUUUCAGCUGGUGGCAGCAGCUAGUGGUGGCGGUGGCACGGGAUUGUCACCAGAUACGCAAAACGAGCGGAUAAUACUGCAGUUUGGUAAAGUCGGGAAAGAUAUGUUCACCAUGGAUUAUGGAUACCCUAUCUCAGCUUUUCAGGCUUUCGCCAUUUGCUUGAGCAGCUUUGAAACCAGAAUCGCUUGUGAAUGA